UAUUAAGUCAGUUUGCGAGUCAAUUGCGCGAGAUCUUUUCUGCGCCGACGAAUGUAACGGCGAACUCGGCGUUAGAGGACGCGUCCUCGACGACUACGGCUGCCCCGAGCGCAUCGACGGCUCGGCGCGCUGGGAGUACAGCAUCGCCGCUACCGAACAAGCCAAAAAGAAACUCGACCAGACGGAAGAAUCUGCCACACGUCUCGUCAAAGGUGCACAAGCCGCCCAAGUUCUCUCCCAAAUCUUCGCUGGCGGCAACGGCGGCGACUUCAGCCGACGCGCCGACGAGCGCUUCGGGAAAGAAGAAGUUUUAUUCUUACACGGACGUGUCGACGAAGAGAGACGCUGCGGUCAAGCCGAGCCGGGUCGCACCCAUGAUCCGGGCACUUAUUGAACGGGACUCCACACAGAAGCACAGCAUGAACGACCUCCAAGAGCGGCGGAAGUUUGAGAAAGAGCGGCGCCAAAACGAACUAGAUGCCUUCUACGGUAUGAAGCGGCAGACUAUCACCCCGGAAAUGAGGCAAGAGCUCCAGGCUCUCAGCCUUCGAGGGUUCCCCACGACACGUCGACAUUUCCCCUUGGUCAGUCUCGCCCUGGUUCUCACUCUCGCCGCUGGAACGGAGGCGGCUCUGCGCAUAGUCUUGCUCCUUAGCUGCACGCUGCCACUAACUGGCAUGCUACUCUCGCUUCUAGCACCCGGCCUCGUUUGGUGGGCCAUCACGCAACAGCCUCUCUGGCGGGCACUCCCUCUCUGCAUCACCAAGGUCGGAGCACUUGAGGCCGCUCACAACAAACUGCCACACCGUUGGGAUGGCGUCAAGGUCUUUGGCCGUACCAGUCUCAACCAACAUGGACCAGAGCUCAGCCCCGUUCGUGCAGAUCUUCGGUCGGAAUGGCAUGCACUCUGGCAAGCACUGCAAACCUGGCGCAAUGACCCUCUCUCCUGCGUCUUCAUCUGGUGGCUCCAAAGCCACCUCACUCGCACUCCACACACUUCCGCCCACCGUGACCACGCCAAACGGGAACAUUCCAAACGGGUGGAACACAUCACUCACACCCACCGUGGCCACACCCACCGUGACCACACCCACCGUGACCACACGCACCGUGACCACACGCACCGUGACCACACGCACCGUGACCACUCAAGUCGGGAACACCCGAACUACAAGCACCGAGCCAAGAUCGACGGCACCCAUCAUAGAACGCCGCCGCACCUGCUCACCGUCGGCACCCAUGCGGCCACGCUCCGGCCACCACCACACGGCGGGCACCUCAGGCACUACGCCUUCGACUACCCCACAGAGCGCGGUGGUACCGACUACCGCGGCACGGACCGCCGCCCGUCAGACUCCGACCAUACGGACAGCUCCUACCUCAGCGACAGCAGUCAGACCGUCGAACUUAUCGGAGUCGGCACCACCUCCUCCGUGCCCAGCGAUUCCACCAAUAACGAAUCCAACUCGCUCGGCUCCAGCUCCUUGGAAUCCAGCUCCCUGGACUCCAACUCGAUGGAGUCCUCCAACUCGAUGGGGUCCAACUCAAUGGGGUCAAACGCCGUGGAGUCGAACUCCAUGGGGUCAUCGAACACCCUCGAGUCCGGCACCAGCCAGUCUCUCAACUCCAGCACGGUGGACUCAAGCGCAACCGUCGACUCCGGCACUCAGCCGGUCGAACAGAGUACCAUGGAGACUAGCAACGGCCAGUCCUCGAGCAGCAUGCCCUCGAGCAGCAUGCCCUCGAACAGCAGCCUCACGUCCGACAGCAGCCUGAUCGGUCGCGAAAGCAGCGAGUCGCGCACCGCCUAUUCGGCUACCGCUUCGUCCAGCAGCGGCCCCCGUCACCCUCGUCAAGCCAGCGCUCGACAGCGCAUGGGAACGAUUGUCGAACAAGCGACGGAUAACCAGCAAGGGAGACCAGUUCCGCGACACGACCUCCAUAUUCACGACACGCGCGUGUAUGAUACGCGUCUACACGAGCAAGAGAGAGCACGCCUGCGCAUCAAAGAGCGGAAGCGACUCUGGGCGCGCCAGCUGGAGGCGGAAAUGGAGUUGGAGCGCGAGCGUUUGCGUCUGGAGCGGGACAAGUUGGCUCACGAGCGGCAAUGCUUUGAAGCAAUGAGUAGUCAGAUUCGUUCGAGUGGCGAACAGCUCAGCCUCCGUGCGACUUCCGGAGCGGUCGCUGAGCCUGAGGACCCGCACACGUUCGGCAACGCAACGAGUCCGACUCCCUUUGUCGCGGCGGCGGCGAGUCCUGAUGAGCAGGCAACAAGUUCUCGAGACGAGGUGUCUUUUGCGGAAAGUGGCUGCAGCGACUUGACGAUUGAGUAUUGCGUAGAGAGUUCCUCGAGUGAGAGCGGAUCAGAAGACGCAGAGGCCGCUCUCAACUUCAUCCAGCAACAUCAAACAGAACAUCAAACAGACCAAAGUGACAGAGAUCAGUUUCAGGGCCUGAAAGCCGCACUUCGGACCAAGGCAGCCCGAUUGGGUAUUCCGCCGUUACGGCCGUCUGCGCCAGAGUCCACUUUCCUCGAGCUUGAGUCUUCCUCGGUGAGCAUCGGCGGCGGCCGGACGGGGACGUCAUCGUUGCCACUGACGUCAUCGGCGCCACUGACGUCAUCGGUGCAACUGACGUCGUCGGCUGCGCCGUCGGAGGACGAAUUUGUGCACCGCGUCCCGAUUAGCGAUGCGCCGCCAGUCGAACAGGUAGGGUCCAAGCAGCCCCGCAACGCACAAUCGGGGCUUGGCAUUGGCUCACCCCGUCAGAAACGAUGUGAGAGCACGUCAUUCUUCAGACUGCCCGAUAUGCAAACGGUGCGCUCUCGAAUAAAGGACAUCCUCAAUGGCUUCACACGUGUUGAAAAGAUGAUGCCCAAACCUCCGCCUCCGGCCCCUUCCUCCAGCGGAAGCUCCAGCGGCUCCAGCGGAAGCUCCAGCGGCUCCAGCGGAAGCUCCAGUGGAAGCUCCAGUGGAAGCUCCAGUGGGUCCAACUGUAUCGGGACCAGCUCCCGGCGGUCAACGUCUCGCCAAGCCGGAUCUUCGAGCGCGGUCACGUCCAGUCUGGUCCCCAGCAACGCCAUGUCUCAGUUGGGACAGUCAGGCGCAAGCAAUAGCCACGUUCCGGAAUACGUCCAGACGGCGGUUGCGGUACGAGACCCUCGGGGCAACGGCAAUGGCAUCUCGGGACUACUAACGACAAGUCAAACCGGGAGCAACCAGAGCGGGGUAAGUCGGCGGAGCGGUUCAAGCAGUCACGCCAGCUACAAGCAAGGAGGCCUGGAUGCUCCACCUCCUAGCGUUUCGGCCUCGUCUAUUGUGGCCACCUCUUCGAGCAUUAGCCACACUAAAAGAGAGGCCACGGAUAGCAGCCAGCUGUUUGGAAGUAGUAGUCAGCUGACGGGAAGUGAGCUGACAGGUAGUCAGAUGACAGGUAGUCAGAUGACAGGUAGUCAGAUGACAGGUAGUCAGAUGACAGGUAGUCAGAUGACAGGUAGCAAAGGCACCACUUCCACUUCGUCAUUGGGAGACAAGCGUUCUACUUCCACAGCAAGUACUC